AUGCAGACCACCACUUUCGUUUCAGCCAUUGUGGCUUCCCUUAUUAUUCACGUCUCACAUGCCGUGCCCACAAUCCUAGAGAACACUCUUUUCGCCAUAGAACACACUGUCAAGACGGGCCAUCCGGAGGCCUACCACGCCCUCAUGACCUCGCCGCUCAUCACUCUGGAGGGCAGCGUGAGCAGGCGCCAGGAAGUCUCUGUUGACAUUACCCCGGAUCCGAACCGGCCCAUCGUCACUCCUCCGUACAUCUUUGUGCUCCAGUGCGAUCUCGCUGGUUUCCGCGGCAGCUGCUUGUCUUUCGGAGCACCACCGGGGUUAUGCGUGAACUACGACAGCUUUAGUAGCAACCAAACCUUCCUAGACAAAUAUGAGAACAAGACCUCUUCGCUGAGCACCAACACAGGAGGGGCCUGCCAAUUCUACAAGUUUAUCGAUUGCGACAACAAGGGCGACGACCGCGGAGUCACCUUGAGUUACAACUACAACCUCAAUGAAACAACAGACGACUACAGUGGUGACUAUGAUAACCAGAUCAGCUCUUGGAGAUGUUGA